GAUCAUUCAUGAAAUAAGAUAUGUAAUAUUCCACAAACUAGAAACUAUUAAGAAAAAUAAGUUAGGGGAAAAGAAAGAAGAAGAAAAAGAGCUUUAACUUUUGGAAUCGGAAGAAGCCCAAACAUAAAGUCUUUAUUUUACCUUUUAACCCCUUCAAGAAUCAUGGAUUAAUUUCAGUGCCCUCUUACUUUGUCCAUAUCUCUCUACUCUGUUUCUUCGCCUUCUCUAGUCAGCUCUUCUCUCAUCUUCCUCUUUAUCAGAAAGAGUGAAUGGAGCUGUGGACAGAAGCUAGAGCCCUAAAGGCAAGUCUGAGAGGUGAAGCUAUAAAGCAUCAGGUGACUGUGUCAUCUGAGGAAUUAAGCCGAACUUCUUCUGCUGAAGAUUUCUCCGUUGAGUGUUUUCUAGAUUUCUCAGAGGAAGGUCAAGAAGAAGAACUUGUCUCAGUUACUUCUUCACAAGAAGAACAAGAACAAGAUUGUUGUAUCUAUAGUUCACAACCUUGCAUGUUUGAUCAACUUCCUUCUUUGCCGGAUGAAUAUGUGGAAGAGCUUGAAUGGGUAUCUCGUGUUGUGGAUGAUUGUUCAUCACCAGAGGUCUCACUUCUCUUCACACAAACCCACAAAACCAAAGCAAGCUUCUCAUCUUCAGUUCCAGUUAAACCAAGAACCAAACGGUCUCGGAACAGCUUAACCGGUGACAGGGUUUGGCCACUCGUUUCAACAAAGCAACAUGCAACAGGAGAGCAGGGGAGGAAGAAGAAGCAAGAAACGGCUGUUGUGUUUCAAAGAAGAUGCUGCCAUUGUGGCACAAACAACACACCUCAGUGGAGAACCGGUCCGGUCGGUCCAAAAACCUUAUGUAAUGCAUGUGGAGUCCGGUUUAAGUCCGGUCGACUAUGUCCGGAAUACAGACCGGCGGCUAGUCCGACUUUCUCGAAUGAGAUCCACUCAAAUCUUCAUAGGAAGGUUAUGGAGCUGAGGAAGAGUAAAGUGUUGGUUGAAGAGACAGGUGAAGCUACUACUAAAUCAGACCAAGUCAAAUUUGCCAUUAACAUGGUAGAUAAGACUUAGGUAAAACUAAACCUACUUUUAACAUUAUCCUUAGUGUUUUAAUCUAGCAACUUGCUCCAUAACAUUGGAAGCUGUUUUGGAAUUAGUCUAUAAAAAAGGUUUCUUCUA